UCCCUUCUCCGAAUUGGUAAGAGGUUUUCUCACACUUGCCAAAGUUUCUCCCUGCCAGAUCAUGCCUCAAACUUGGAGACUUCUUCGCUCAUUUGGAAUUUCUUAUUGAGAAGAAAGAUUUACGUUUCUCCUGUGAAGAUCCGAGUUCCACCUAUGAUCUCCGGUCGUCGGGAAAAGGAAGAUUCAUACUGACAAUCAAGCCUUGAAUGGAAUCCCUAAUCUUGGGUAUUGACAAUGCUAAUGACAGAGGCUGGCUGGCUAAGCUUUUCUUCGUUGAAAGGUCUACAUUGGGUGAACCUGGGAGUUCUUUCUUUGACUGUCUAAGGGUUGCUGGUAUGUUCCGUCUGUUCAAAUUGGUUUGAGGCGAUCCACUCGGGCUACCGAUGACUGUGCCUCCGCAUCACGUGUUCCUGUCAUAGUCACUCCUGUGUCUUCUGUCGCUGCUACUUCGUCCUCAUCUGUGGUUCGUAAAGCUCUCAAUCUGACCGAGUUAUUAGGCUUGACCUCCAAGAAGAGAAAAAUGCUACCUCCACUUCCUCCUGUACCCAGCUCGGCUAACAUGACGACUUGUACUAUACCUAUACCCCCUCCUCCUUCAGCUUCUGGGCCGAAAGCUAAAUCGCUCGAGCCCAUCUCGCUAAAGGCUGAGUUUUCUACUGAAUUCUGUCGUCUUGACAGAUAAAUCGCUGACUUUAUUUAUUAUUAUUAAGUUAAUGUUAUGUUUUACUUUGGACUUAUAAUUAGUAGAGUACUUAGUAGAGUUAUUAUGCGCUUAAUUAGGAUGAUAACGCUCCGUAUAAAUACGAUUUUGUUGGAGACGAUGAAGAACAACCCUCGGGCAGUGAGAUUCGGUUAUCAAUGCUUGUUUUCAGCGAUUACAUCGCAUUCGAAUCGUCUGGCGUUUUUUUUUUUCUCUUUUCCCGUGGCUGUUUUCAGUUUUGACCUUGGGUUGUUUGGGUUGUUUGGGGUUCUUUUGGUGAAUUAGAUUUAACCUAAGGGCUUAUUGCAAAAUUUUAGAAAUUGCAAGUUAAAUGGGACUUUGUUUGAGGUAAGUUCGAUCCGCAUAGAACCCUUAGAAGUUGAGUUUGCUUUUAAGUCUCUUUGAAGAAGACUUGAUGCAGGCUAAUAAUUUGAUUAUUUAAAUUUUGGAAGUACCACUACAUAACACUAACGUGACUUAAUUCUAAUGAGAUGAGAUGAGAUUAGAUCAUGUUUCUAUGAAUUUCGUUUACCAUGAUUGUAUUAUUAUUUUUAAGCAUGCUUAAUUAGUUAUAUGAUAAUCGUAUCUGUUUAUAAAUUAGAUUUAUAUUGCAUUCUUUAAAUUAUCUGCCCGAGUUAGAUCUCGUUAACAUAUUAUUUGAUAAUAUGUUAUUAGCAUCUUGAUUAAACAAUUUAAUACUCCGCUAAAUGUUCCCCAUAAAUUAAAAUUUAAGUCUUAUCUGGGAUAACGACAUCACCCAUCAUAAUUAAAUUAGUAGAAAUAUUUUUUCGUUGAAGAAUAUUUCACCCAAGUGUUUAUCCCAUUCGAAAAAAUAUAGAACUAAUUUAUAGAUACAUAUGUUUGUGAUCGUGUGAUGGUUUUGACUUACUUAAAUUAGCUCGAGUCGCCCAAGCGUCAGUGUUAAUUUAGGGAUGUCGAUCAAUUUAAUAAUUGAUCAACUAAAAGUUGCUUGGACGCAAUUGGUCUAGGGACCUACCCAUUAUAUUAUUGCAGUGAUCAGCCCAAGUUGGUACUGUAAUAGUAUGAAUGAGGAUUUUGGCCACUAUGAUUGUAAAACAUUCCAUGUUCUUUUUAUUGGGGUCAAAGAGCAUGCAAAAUAGUGGGAGCUAAAUAAUUAAAAGUCCAUAUUAUUUAGUUAACUAGAUGUGAUCAUAGGAAUUAAUAUAUGAUUUUAAUUCCGUUCUAUUUGAACUUCUUUAGGCUUUUAGGAAUGUCGAAUUUAUCAUUGAGAAGUAUCUUGGAUACAUGCAAGCUUACUGGACCAAACUUUCUGGACUGGGAAAGAAAUGUGCGUUUAGUUCUUAGACAAGAAAAUAUUGAGUAUGUGUUAGACACGCCGGUACCCAAGAUUCCUGAUGCUAACUCUCCCGAGUUUGCCACGUUUGACCUGACUGCUCGAGAGAAACACGUUACUGAUGCUAAAACUGUGCAAUGUGUUAUGUUGGCUGCAAUGUCUAUGGAGUUGCAAAGGCAACACGAUAGGAUGAGCGCCUUCGAGAUGCUUAAACACUUGAAAAGUCUGUUUGAUUCAGAGAGUCGGACUCUAGAGUAUGAACUUCUAACAGACAUUUUCAAGUGUAGGCUUCAAGAGGGUGGCAACGUGUCUGAGCACGUCCUCAAAAUGAUUGGCUUAAUUGAAAGAGUUGCUACCACCGGAAUUAAGUUUGAGGAUCGUGUCUCAGCUGCUAUCAUCCUAUAUUCGCUUCCGAGUUCAUUUACUAACUUCAUUGUGAAUUAUAAUUUGAACAAAACGAAAGCGACCAUGCCUGAACUCCAUAACAUGCUCAAGUCUUAUGAAGCCUCAACCUCUAAAGGAAAGACUGUUGUUAUGGUAAGCUCUAAUGAUAAGUCUCGUUCUAAGAACAAGAAUAAGCAAAAGAAGAAAGGUAAGGUUGGACCUACUCCUACAGCUCUGAAGCCUAAAGGUGAAGGUCAUAUGAAGCCAAAGGUUGCAAAGGAUGUUUGUCUCUACUGCAAAGAAAAGGGACAUUGGAAGAGAGAUUGUGAGCUGUAUAAGGCUAAUCUAGCCAAAGCACCAGGUGCUUCAAGCUCAGCCUGAGAAGCAGUGUAGCAGUUGGACUGGGUAAAAUUGACCUACGCGUGAAGGCUGGAGCAAAAGUUGUUGCUGAACGUGAUAAGAUCUUAUAGUUUAGAUUUGCCCGGUGGUUUUAGAUUAGAAUUAAAUAAUUGUUAUUUUAUUCCUUCUAUUACCAAGAAGAUUAUUUCCAUUCAUAUGUUAGACAUUAAAAAAUUUCUAUUUCCAUUUUGCUAAUAAUAAUUGUUAUUUUCAUAAA